AUGUUUAGUUCACUAGUGGAGGUCCCACACAACACUAUUGGCGCCACAGACCCGGGAGCCGCUCCCUGCCCUCCCUCCUCUACUGGGUCUUAUAUUGGAUUAAUAAACGUAUUGAAUAUUACAUUCAAAUAUGUUACACGACCUUAUAUCAGCAGUUAAAGGGAUUGGAGGGGAUAUGUUUGUAGGUAAAGAAGACUUUCGCUUUGAGGUGUCAAACGAUCUGGGUUUCCUUCAUCCAAGUGAGUUUGCCAUUGUUCACCAAAUAUUGAACAUUGGUACCCACUACAAGAAGAUUACAAACUUCUGUAACACUUAUGACAUCGUACGAGUCAAUACAGAUAAAAAACAUCGUUGUGGAUUAUAUCUGUCCUCCCUUGCUGCAGCUCUUCUCAAAACAGCACAGACUUUUCACACAACAGUAGUAGAGCUGGAAUACAGACUGCUGAGUGAUCCACACCUGCCUCUCAGUGAACUGUUACUCACUCUUCAGCCCACAGCUCCAUUAUUAGCUUCCCUCUCAUCUUUGGUGACCCAGAUUGAAGAGAAAAAUGCUCAUGGAUGCAUGAUACUGGAAGUUCUUCACAAGCACACAGCAAAUUCUGUAGCACAUGUGAAGCAGGUACUUAUGCGGGUAGAGCAGGAAGUUCACUCAGUGCUCUUUGAUCAGUUGACUCACUGGCUCUUGCAUGGACUUUUGCUGGACCCACAUCAUGAACUUUUCAUACACUUUUCCAGUAAUGAGGCUCCCAGUGAGAUACAACAAAUGGAUGCUCUUAGUCUUGAAGGAAUGGAAAACCUCUCACUGAGCCCAGAGUGUAUGUUAAGACUGGAGAUGCUUCCUAGUCACAUACCACUCUCUGUUGCUGAGAAGAUUCUAUUUAUUGGUGAGGCCAUCCUUGUGUUUGAGAGAGAAGCAAAAAAAGAGAAUGGUGUUGUGGACACUGCUGCUGUAUCAUCCCUUAGUGGCCAAGUAUUGAAGAGCAGAGAAGAAGAGUUCAAAGCCCUCAUUAAUACACUGGGACAGGAACCAACAUUUUCCAUCAUUCAAUUCAGUCAAGUCAUUGAGACAAUCAGGCAUUGUAUCUCUCAGGAACUUUGGAAAUUAGUAAUGGGGGCAGGUUUAGUAGCAGAAGUGGGUGAUUUGAAGGCUGUUUUCCUGCUUGGCCGUGGAGAGCUCUACCAGACACUCAUCCCAUCUGUCACACCAUACCUCCUUAACAGUGCACCCAAUGCCAAUUUUGACGGGUUAUUCCAGUUAGCAGGGCGACAGGUGUUAUUGGAGGAGGGGAUGCUUGAGAAGUUCACUCUCUCCCUCAAGACUCAGCUUACUCAGUCUUCCCAAACCAAAGAACAACCAGAUAAAAGUUGGCGAAGUCUAAGGUUGGACUACCAUGCGAAGUGGCCGCUACACAAGCUGUUCACCUCAGCAGUUCAGGACAAGUACAAUGCCAUCUUCACAUUUCUCUUGGAUGUUCGUAGAGCUCAGUUUCGCCUGCAGCAGUUAUGGAUCACACAGAUGCGAACUAAAUUCCAGAGAAAGAGUGAGGCAGACCGUCUACAGUGGACACUUAGGCAUCACAUGAGUCUCUUGAUUGAUAACAUCCAGUAUUACUUACAGGUUGAUGUUUUGGAGUCGCAGCACUGGCAGCUAAUUGCAGAAAUCGGGAAGACUCACGAUUAUCAACAUUUGGUUCGAGCCCACCACAACUUCCUUGUCUCAGUCUCUGCCCAGUGUUUCCUUAAUAACACCUUGGUUAGCAAUUGUUUACAACACUUACUUAAGCUCAUCCAUAAAUUUUGUUCCAUUCUUGAAUCUUUAUUUAAUAAUGAUUCUAAGGGUAAAAAUGCUCUGCUUCUCCCAGUCUUGCCCCUUGGCACACAACCAGUUCUCCUAAAUAGCACAGAGCAAAUCAAGGAACUUAAUGAAGCAUUUGAGCGUGCAGCUGCUCGGCUCUUCUUUGUGCUGUCCAACUUAAGACUUCACCAGGGAUCACAGUAUACAUCUCAACUCAUUAUGAGAAUCGACUAUAAUAAAUAUUACAGUAAAAAUACAGCUGUUAGACGGUUCAAACCUGCUCUGAAUGACAUCUAAUUCUCAUUUCUGGUGCUGUUAUAAUAUAUAGCUACAUGCCAUAUAAAAUGUUUCCUUCAGCUAUAACAUAACCAAUUCCAUUUAAAGUAAGAGGUUCCUUCAAGUAAUGUAGUUGACACUAACUCCUUGCUGCUACAGUACCACAAUUUAUGAGGCGGUAACCCCCAGAAAGAAAGUUUGGCUUAAACUAAACAUCACACUACCAUCGCUGAGCACAGGCCUGAACUUGCACCUAAUGAACUUUAAGUCCAGAGUGGUAUCAUCUGACCCAUGGAGCUUCUGUUUAAAAAAUUUAAUUGUUAACACUUGAAGCAUAUUAAUCUGUAUACCUACAAAAAACAUAUUUUACCCUCAUGUGAUUAAAGAGCAGUGCACUUGAGCUUUUUUAUGUUUUGCAUCUUUCAACACAUGGUUCUUAUUCAAACUUAAUAUGGGUGUUCUUAAUGAUGAUGUAAUAAAGUGUUUGUUUGGAGGCUCUCUUAAUGCUGUAUGGUUUCUUGACAUAAGUGGGCACACCUCAUUCUUGGGGAGGGGGAGCUAAAAACUUGUUGAAGUACUUUAUAUUCAUCAUUAUCUCUCUUGGCUUCAUAGCAGUCUUGUGUCAUAAUGUCUUCUUGACUUUCUAUGAUCCAAUUAGUCUCGGAAAGUGAGAGUAUACACACCUUAGAAUGUGCAGUGUAUAUUGGAAGAUAAAUCCUGUACUGUAUGGAGCAGUUACAUUGGGAUAUGUAUUGUUGUUUUUAUUGUAUCAGUUAAUAAACUUUCUUCUGCUUC